AUGUCUAAUCUAUGCCAAAAGCGCCUCCUUCGGGAACUCACUCUGUUUGAAAAGAAUGAUCAGCUAGCCAUGGCUAUUGAUUACAACGAACAGAAUGUUCGCGAGAUCAAAGCUCUUAUUAUUGGCCCAUCCGAGACACCUUAUGCCUUCGGAUUCUAUCAUUUGUCGCUUGUGUUUACUGAGGCGUAUCCUGCAGUCCCACCAACUGUGAAAUUGCUCAAUACUAACAGUGGAAUGACUCGGUUUGGUCCAAAUAUCUAUGCUGACGGCAAAAUUUGCCUCACAUGGCCCGGAACGCCACAGGAAGAAUGGUCUCAAGCCAUGGGGUUUGAGUCCUGCUUGCUUUCAAUCCAGACCUUGCUGGCUGAGAAUCCGUAUCGGCUGGAGCCAGGUUUCGAGGAAUCCGAUGACAAAGAAAACAUUGAUACUUACAAUGCCAAGAUAAGUCAUGAAAACUUGCGCCUCACUGUGAUCGAGCCUCUUGAACGUGAAAUGGGUAUCUCCCAAGAUCCGUUUCGACACGCGAAGUUUGGACAGGGAGAAGACGGCAAACCGAGCUCUGAACUUGGCUCGUUUAUCAAUUACUGCAAGCGACGCUUCCUAUGGCACCGAGAGGAAUACAUGAAAACGAUUCAAGCAGGCAUCGCGAGAGGAGUUGGCGGACGUCGAAGCACGCCUUUCCCCCUAACUCAGUUUGAAUAUCCAGGCAACCAAAUGGUAGGAAGAUGGGACUGGUAUGGCCUUAAGGCUCGGUUCGAGAUAUUGGAGAAAGCGGUCUCACAAGAAAUCCAAGGUUGGGCCACUGCCGGCCUUGAGCUCGCCAAGAAAGAUACUAAUCUGGCGUUCAACUUGCGGCAUCAAAUGAAGUCCGUUGUUGAACAAAUGGCCGUGCGGUCGCAGGCAGUGUUCAAUGUGGGAUUAGUCGAUGAUAACCCGUUCCUGUGGUACAUGACCUAUUUCGGUCGAGCGGGUACCCCGUUGGACGAGGGUGUGUUCAAGAUCAAUAUCCACAUCAGCCCCAACCACCCCAAAGUUCAGCCCCGGGUUUAUCUGGAUAAUCCAAUUCCUCAUGUGCGUGUAGCCUCUGAUGGAAUGUUGGCAUACCUUCCUCAGUACGCACCUGAGAUGGUUCGCCACAUCGAGGGCAUACUCUUCGCUUUAGAGGACACUGGCCCCGUUUACAAUCCUCUUAUGGCUGUCAACGGCGAAAAUACACGGCUUUUCUGGGGCACGCCUCAGGAAAAGAGAUUGUACACUCGACGACUUCGUCGAUGCGUGACUGAAAGUAUUGAUAAGCUUUAA